UUUAAUAUAAUUCUUUAUAAAUUACUAUGUAUUGGAAAAGUCUUGCAAUAGUGCUGCUCCUUGGACUAGUACAUCAGGCAUCAGCACAGAUCACUAAAAUAAAGUCUAAUGAACAAUGAGUCGCAUGUGCAUUCAAUGACCAAAGGAUCUGUUCUGAUUCUGAUCAUCAUAGAGAUAUUUACUGAUGAAAUCAUGACGUUUUUGAUACUAGAUGAGGAGCACAUUCUGGGAUAUGCGCAGAUGAGUUUAAUACUACUGGAGAAAUUGGCAAGAAUCUUCGCCUCUGUCCUAAUGCUGAUGAGUGUGGCCAAGGAGUAUUCGAGCUAAAUGAGGGUGAACAUGUAUCUCUUGACUUAACUGAUAUUCCGCAAGAGAAAGCAUGCAUAUUUAGAGUAAGGAGUAUUGUCCCAGAAAAUUUUUUAAUUUAACCUCACCUCUUGACAAAUUAACUCGAUGAAAAUGCAGCUGUUUUUCUUAGAAGAAGGGCCUUAUGACUUUGAAUAUAAAGGAUCUUACACCUGAGAAGACAAUACAGAAUUGGAAGUGAAAGUUCCAAAACAAGAAGAUCUUUUCUUGAUAUUAAAAGAUUU